AUCCUCUGCCACGCGACUGACACGGCUGCCAAUUCCAUGCUCCCGCUGAUAAGCACGGCGGCGAUCAGCUCGCCACGUCACCGCCUCAUCCCCACUCCAACUGGUCCACGCAAGCGAUCCGACGUAGAAGGAACAUCCAAAUCUUACUACCCGCUCACAGUCCUCCACGUGUCACCAUCCCAACGGGUCUCACACGUAUGUAAGUCUUUUUCCCCGGCCUUCUUCCCGUCUAUAAAUUCCACCUCGCGUCCGCCGCUGCCCUGGCCGGCCGCCGUGAAGAGAGACAGACGGACGACGGAGGAAGAGACGACCCAGAUGGGGAAAGCCAACGGAGGAGCUGAGUUUAAGCUCGUCGGGUACAAGAACUUCGUCCGGGUCAACCCGCGCUCGGACCGGUUUCGGGUGGUACGUUUCCACCACGUGGAAUUCUGGUGCGCCGACGCCACCAACGCCGCCCGCCGCUUGUCCUGGGGCCUUGGCAUGCCCAUCGUGGCCAAGUCCGACCUGUCCACUGGCAACCCCGUCCACGCAUCCUACCUCUGCCGCUCCGGCGACCUCUCCUUCCUCUUCACCGCCCCCUACUCCCCCUCCAUCUCCGCCUCCGACCCCGCCCCCGCCGCCUCCAUCCCGUCCUUCUCCCACCACGCCUGCCGCGAGUUCGCCGCCACCCACGGGUUCGCGGUCCGUGCCGUCGCCCUGGAGGUCGAGGACGCCGAGGUGGCGUUUGGAAGCAGCGUGGCCCACGGUGCGAAGCCUGUGUCCCCGCCCGUGGUUCUCGAUGGGCGCGCCGUGAUGGCGGAGGUCCACCUGUACGGGGACGUCGUUCUGAGGUACAUCAGCUACAAGAACCCGGAGCAGGAAUCCGACCCAUCUCGGCCGGAUUCAUGGUUCCUGCCCUGGUUCGAGCCGGUCGACGGCUCCUCAUCCUACCCUUUGGAUUACGGGAUUAGGAGGCUCGACCACGCGGUCGGCAACGUGCCCGAGCUCGGCCCUGCGUCGAGCUACGUGAAGCAGUUCACUGGGUUUCACGAGUUUGCGGAGUUCACUGCUGAGGAUGUGGGGACUACUGAGAGUGGCCUGAACUCGGUCGUCUUGGCCAACAAUGAUGAAACAGUCCUCUUGCCGAUGAAUGAGCCCGUAUUUGGGACCAAGCGGAAGAGUCAGAUACAGACCUACUUAGAGCACAAUGAAGGGGCGGGGCUGCAGCACUUGGCCCUCGUGAGCGAGGACAUCUUUAGGACUCUGAGGGAGAUGAGGAAGAGAAGUGGGGUCGGAGGAUUCGAGUUCAUGCCGUCUCCCCCUCCGACUUAUUAUAAGAAUCUGAAGAACCGGGCAGGGGAUGUUCUGUCGGACGAGCAGAUAAAGGAGUGCGAGGAGCUCGGGAUUUUGGUGGAUAGGGAUGAUCAGGGCACUCUACUGCAGAUCUUCACCAAGCCGGUUGGCGAUCGACCAACCAUAUUCAUAGAGAUCAUCCAAAGGAUUGGAUGCAUGCUCAAGGAUGACCAAGGAAAGGAGUACCAGAAGGGAGGAUGCGGUGGGUUCGGGAAGGGGAACUUUUCGGAGCUCUUCAAGUCCAUUGAAGAGUACGAGAAGACCCUCGAAAGCAGGCGAGUCACAGAAUCAGCCUCUGCAUGAACUGAGCAUCUGGUAGCAGAAGGGCCAGGCACGAUGUUUAAUAUUAAUUUGCAAGUAAAACGGAGGUGGAUAAUGUUCAAUAAUCUUCGAAAGAUGAAGCAGCAAUCACAGACAAUCUGAACAACGGCAGGCAUAAUGGUCGGGAAAAUAAAAUAGUGGAAGUCUUAAGUGCCGAUUCGACCAGCCAGGGGUCGCAACUAGCACAGCAUCUAACAAAGCAAUCAGUGAUGCAAACACGAUAUUUGAUCAUCCAAAUCAUACCAAUGCAAGGCAGCAAGAAUAAUUGCAGAUUACAGCAACUUCAAUUGUAAUCACAAUCCUAUUUUAAAUGAAAUUAUCCCGAUUCAUUGCAA